GUGUCUGUGUGUGUACAUCUUCUUCUUCCUCCUCCUCCACCGCCCUCAGAUGCACUUGGGUUUUCCCUGCACAUGAGAAGACCAGCCAGUAGAAGCGUCUUCUGUAACCUGGAGUGUUUGUGCAGCAGCAGCAGCAGCAGCAGCAUGCAGGUGGAGGCUGCUGGGACAGGAACAGCUGAUACCGACGCUACUGUGAACAGUAGCAGCAGCAGCAGCAGCACAGACGUCGACGAAAGCGGCGGCGCAGAGCAAAGGAUGGAGAGGACAGUGCUGAGCGAGCAGCAGCAGCAGCAGCAUCACAGGACCAACAACAACCAGCUGCAGCCGCAGACGUCCUCCACGCCGUCCAGUGUACUGGACAAACUAUUUGGGAAGCGGCUUCUUCAGGCCAGACACUACAUUAUGUCGCGCAAGUCCUGGCUCAAGAUGGUGCCCACCGAAAACUGUGACAUCCUGAUGACAUUUCCAGAUACGAUGGAUGACCACACUCUGCUGUGGCUCCUGAAUCAGAUCCGCGUUGGAAUCCCUCAAGUCAGCAUUCAGAUUCGACAACAUAAACACACCCAGGCACACGCCUUCUUCAUCACGACGACAUUUGAAAACUUACUACGAGGAGCCGAGCAGAUGGGCAUGCACAAAGCUGUCAAGUCUCACUUUGGUGGCGGGAUGCGUCGCUUCUCCUGUGAGGAGGACAACAUCUAUGAAAACAUUGGGAGUGAGCUGUGCUUCUUCACCUCACAGGAGCGUCAGAGCAUCAUUAAGUAUUGGCUGGACAACCUGCGGGCCAAACAUGGGGAGGUGCUUCACAACAUUCACUUCCUGGAAGGACAGCCAAUCAUUCCAGAACUGGUGGCUCGGGGAGUGAUCCAUCAGAUGUUUCCUCUACAUGAGCAGAGGAUCCUCAACCAGCUCAUGACAUCUUGGGUCCAGGCAGUGUGUGAACGUCAGCCGCUGGAUGAUAUCUGUGACUACUUUGGGGUGAAGAUUGGCAUGUACUUUGCCUGGCUGGGUUUCUACACAAACUCCAUGCUUUACCCUGCUGUCAUUGGCUUUCUGCUCUGGAUACUAGCAGAGGCUGACCAGACCAGUCAGGAUAUCUGCUGUGUGGUAUUUGCCCUCUUCAACGUUGUGUGGGCAACAUUGUUUCUGGAGCGCUGGAAGAGGCGAGAGGCAGAGCUGGCCUACAAGUGGGGUACCUUGGACACCCCUACCGAGUCCUUGGAGGAGCCCAGGCCUCAGUUCAGGGGUGUAAAGCGCUGCAGCCCCAUAACAGGCUGUGAAGAGUUCUACUAUCCUCCCUGGAAGAGAGCCAUGUUCAGAUGGCUCGUCAGCCUUCCCAUCUGCCUCCUCUGCCUCUGUUUUGUCUUCUUUGCUAUGCUCCUCUGCCUGGAAUUGCAGGAAGUGGUGAUGGAGAUUCAGGGGCUGCCUGGUAUUACACGAUUUAUUCCUAAGAUACUUCUGGCCAUUACUGUAACCAUUUGUGAUGAAGUGUAUAAGAAGAUUGCUUACUGGCUCAAUGACAUGGAGAACUACAGACUUCAGAGUGCCUAUGAGAAUAAUCUCAUUAUCAAGAUGGUUUUUUUUGAAUUCAUCAAUUCGUACCUUAGCCUUUUCUACAUUGGAUUCUACCUCAAGGACAUGGAGCGACUGAAGGAGAUGUUAGCCACUCUGCUGAUCUUUCGCCAGUUCCUACAGAACAUCAAAGAGGUCCUCCAGCCUUAUCUCUACGAGCAAAAUAAGCUGGGUGUCUUCACUCCAAAGGUGCUUUGGGAGCUACUCCAAGCCAUCAUGCUCAAAUAUGGCCGCCUGGCUCUGGGAAAGGCUCAGGCCUCAAUGACGGCCUACUCCUUCCUGGGUCCCAGAGAGAUCCCCGUCAAUCACAGUGCUAACAAUAACUCAGAGCCAAAGAGAAGAGGGGAUCUGAAAGCUGGAUUCAGGCUCUCAGAGGAAGAGUGGGACAUGAGUGACAGUGCUCUGAAACAACGUAAGGUCAGCUUCACGGAGAAGGUGGACUACCAGGACGACGCAACAGAAGCGCAGGCGGGGGAAGACAGCUUCCUCGAGGACAGUCCUACAAUGGUGGAAGACGGGAUGGAUCCAUCAAGUAUUUUUGACAGUUGUGAUGAGGACAGUGAUUGUGAACUGCUGUCUCACGCUAUGAAAGAGAGUGUCACUGUGUCUUCCCUCAAGGAUUCUGACUCAUUUUGUCAGAGAAGAAAGAACAUAUGUGAGGGAAAAGAGGAUAAGAAGUCAUGGAUCGAUCCACCGGAAGAACCUAAAACUGUCUCUCUGACCCAGGCUGAGAUUGAGAGCUGCAUGCAGACAUAUGAGCAGGGCACUCUUCAAGACUACCAGGAGAUGUUCAUUCAGUUUGGGUAUGUGGUGCUCUUCUCCUCUGCUUUCCCCUUGGCAGCCAUGUGUGCUCUGAUCAAUAACAUCAUUGAGAUCCGCAGCGAUGCCCUGAAGCUCUGUACCGGCCUUCAGAGGCCGUUUGGACAGAGAGUGGAGAACAUUGGACAGUGGCAGACUGCAAUGGAGGCUAUGGGCCUGAUAGCCAUUAUAGUUAACUGUUACCUGAUUGGUCAGUGUGGGCAGCUCCAGCGUCUGUUUCCCUGGUUGAGUCCUGAGAUGACCAUCAUCUCCAUUGUUCUACUGGAGCACUUUGCAAUCCUCCUUAAGUACGUCAUCCAUGUUGCCAUCCCUGAUAUCCCUGGCUGGGUAGCAGAGGAGAUGGCCAAGCUAGAGUACCGACGAAGGGAAGCUUUCAAGAAGCACGAGCAGCAGGCCCAGCAACACUUCCAACAGCAGCUCAGGCGCCGGCGCGAAGAGGAGGAGCUUCAGCGUCAGGUGGAGCUGCAGGCCGAGGCGCGCCAGGAGAGUGAGUACCACAAGGCAGACAGCCAGCACCAGCAUCACCAUGACAAAUCAACGGGGGGGAAGCCAGGGGACAAGCCAAAAAGACCUAGCUCUCUGCUGGGAAAUAACAACGUGAUGAAGCUGAAGCAGAUCAUCCCUCUCCAGGGGAAGUUCUCCUCUGGCACCUCACGCUCGCCAGCCCAGUCCCCGACAGGAGGUGAGGCAAAGCUCACGGGGUUUUUGAAGUUCCUGAAGUCAACGGAGGUCAAAAAAGAGCCAGCUGUGGCACCUGGAGCAAUGCCAGGGUCAACAGUGACCUCUUCAAUCCCCCCUAGUGGCCAGGAGAGGUCACAGUCCCCAAACAGGACAUUCAGUCCUGGAAAGCUGUUCAGUUUCAGCAAGUCUGAGGGCACUAUUGUGUGUGCCAAUGGGACACAGCCACCAACUCAGGCUGCAGCCACCCAGCCACGCAAGUAUGACUUAAACACAACCCCAGAGAAAUUACCCUCAAACGAGUCUGAUAAAGGAGAAUCAAGACAAUUGACUGAUUUAGAAAACUCUAGUUAAUUCAUGAACAGCCAAUGCAAUGUAAUAUUCUAAUGGGGAGCAAUGUACAAAUGCUCAGGCAGCAUUCAGAGACAGCAACUCACCUGUACUUUAGAAGAGAACAUGUUAGUCUCAAGGACCACAUGUAAAGUCAGUGAGCGUUAGAUAUUCACCCAUGAUGCAACUCAACUCAAAGUACUUCACUGUUUCUAACACUUAUUAUUAUCCUGCUUCCAAGUAACAUGUACAGUAAGUAUUUGAAUGGGGAUAUGUUUACUUAGGGUUUCAAAUACUGCAUGACUGCCUUUACAACAGCACCUGGUUAUGUAAAAAAUGUUUUAUAUAUAUAUGUGUAUAUAUAUAAAAAACAAAGCAAAGAAUGACACUUAUCAAUAAGUCAAUUUGACAAAAUGAUAAUUAACAGCAGCUUCCUGUUCCAGGUCUGUGUCUCCUGUAUUAAAUGCAUGUUGCUUCAUGAGCAUGCAUUAUGUGUCAACCAUGUUUUUUCGGUUAAGCACUUUUAAAGCCAUUGUAUUCUUCCGCAAUAGGUCAGAUUAGCCACUGUGACCAUGAAAAAAAAUCUUCUAUUUUUCUUAACUUUGAUUUUCUAUGAAUUAUUUUACUACAUAAAUCAGUGAAUGUACUUCUAUGAUGCAAAUAACUCUCACUUGAAUAAACGUCCCUAAAGAAGUAAAACAUUAGCUGAUUUUGUUAACAGUUAAUAAAUACAAUUGGAUGAUU